AAUUGAGUGGAUGAAAACCAAAUCACGUGUUAAAGAUAAAGUGUGUCUUGUAAGGUUCCGUUUCGCAACGAAUGAUGAAUGUUCUUCUUAGUUUUUUUCCCUUCGAGAUUGUUUUCCAUUACGACAACGUUCGUUAAAAGUAUAGUUUGUGAAAUUAUUCGCGGAUGUUCUCUUUCUUUCUCUCUCUCUCUUCUAUUUUAUUUUCUAAUCUUUCAAUGUGAUAACAAGAUGUGAUGUAAAUUUUACUCUCAAUGUGCGGAACAGUUGUAAUUUAGAUGAGAUGAAGUACCCAGCUUAGAACGUUCGGUAAUUCGGAGUGAUUUGUAUCUCGCUCUCACCCCGUCUCGUCUGCAGUUGUCAUGUUCCGGUGAAAUGGAUCCGAAAUUUUGGAUUUUUUUGUCCAUUGUGUGGGGUUGUAAUGGCUCGAAAAAUUACCCACCGGAUGCUCCUUCCGACGAGACUGAAUGUUCCAGACGUAUGAAUUAUUUAACCGAUAAUCAUUUACAAACUCAGAUUAUAUUUCCUCCUCAGCUCACCGGUAAAUGGGUAUCAGAUAGGUGCGAAGUACGAACUGGCCCUCUGUAUUUAUUAAGAAGCUAUACAUUUUAUCCAAACAAUACAUUCCAUCUGCUGCAAUAUUUCUACGCCGAUGAGUUCUGCUCCUACAUAACUCAUGUCGUCUCAAUCAAAGGAUAUUACACUUAUAAAGACGUCGUUUCGUCAAAAUUAUACUAUAAGGCUACCAGAAUAACGAUAACACCUCACGAUUACCCCUACUUGCACUCAUUGCCAUCUGUGGUCAGUCCCGAAUGUCCGGAAAAUGUCGCCAAAUAUUGGAAGAAUUUCAAAGAGCACGUAGUCCUAGAGCAAACUCAAAAAACACCAGAACCUUUGGAAGACAAUACGUGGCCCAUUAGAACCACAAUUCCAUAUACGAGAAAUUCCAAAAAAGCUGUCUCCGAAUUCGAAUGUUUAUCUUCGUUGAACAUAUCUUACGAUGAAUUGUCCAGUAUACGAGUCCAAAGGCGACCUUCCAUUGAUGAGAAAAAUGCCAGAUACGAAUUGUUGCUCGGUAGCUCGUACCAAGAGAAAGAGCGCGAAACGACGCUUCUUAAAUUUCAGUUACCAUUAAUUUUACUUAACGAGACCAGCGACUGCUACGUUUGCAAUGUGAUUUCCAAAAAAACCAACAUGCACACACCCGUCCUAACAGCCAGACCCACAUUACCCCUUUACUUCAACGGUCAAUGGAUCAGUCAAACUUGCGAACCGAGAUCAAAAGGGCUGCAUACGAUCCGAAGUUACAGAUUCAAUCAGUACGAUUCAACUUGGGAACUGGAGACUAAAUAUUACAAUAAUUAUGCCUGCUCGAGUUUAUUGAUGAUCCAUACGACUCUAGGUCACUACAUACAAGGUGGUGCGUCUGAAACUGUCAGCGGAGCAACUGAGAUCGCUUUUCGGAUCGAGAAAUCCUAUUUGACGAUUGUUGAUCAGACUAUUCUGAAUGAAAUUGAGACUGAUCCGGAGUGUGGAGUUGCCUAUUAUUGGAAGCUCAACGUCAGAAAAGAAAUCCCAUCUAAGCAGGGAUGCCCAUCCAUUGGCUUGGCUAAUCCGGCACUCCGUUACGAUAUCAUUAAAUUAGACUUGGAUUACUAUCACGGUUCCGGUAACGGCAGUACUUAUAUUUUACUAUUGGGAGACGAAGGAUCAAUGGAUACACGAAAUAAAUUUGCUAGACCGACCGCCUUCGAAUACCCUGUGAUGCAAUGUGACAACGAACCUCAAGAUAUCAUCGAUGAUUCGGAAUCGGAUUCGGAUACCGAACCUUCUUCAGCUUUUGCGAUACGGUCGGAGAUCUUGAAUGUGUUUUGGAUUAUUCUGGUGGUUGCUUUGAGAGUGUAAGGUUUUGAGACCAGAAGACGUAUCCAAAGGGAAGACUUAAGACUGAACUAAAUUAGCAUCAGAUGUGUGAUGAGAGUGAUUUUUUUAUAUACUUAGGUGAAUCAGUUUAGUUGCUCUGCGAGUGUUUACGAAUGACAAAAUUUGUUUUGAAAAUAUACCUAUUUGUACAUAGGAUACUUUAGUAUUGAAUCGAUAUAGGUACUUAUUGAUUUAUAAAAAUAUUCAAAUCAUCUCGGUCAAAGUCCGAGGUUAAUUUAUGAAUCGAGACAUCUCGACGACGAGUCUCGACAGUACUGAUUUAUUAUAUUUAAAUGUUAAUUCUGUGAUAAAAUUGUAUUUUAAUUUUGUUAUUGUUUAAUAAAGCAUUUUAGUGGUUUGA